UAUUAAUUGGUUUCUGAGUUGUGAGGAACUCUCCUGGUUGGUUUCAUCCAUUGCCAAAUUGCACAGAUUGAAUGGAUCUUCUAUCUACGUUACCGGAGGAGUGUUUAUCGGAGAUUCUGCAGCGAACUUCGCCUGCGGAUGCCUCAAGAUUCGCUACGGUCUCAAAAGGCUCUAAAUCCGCCGCUGAUUCCGACGCUGUUUGGGUCAGAUUUCUGCCGGAGGAUUUGCCGGAAAUUAUAUCAAGAUCUGUAUCUCCGGUGGUCUACGCCAACAACAAAGAGCUCUACUUCAGCCUUUGCAACUCUCCUAUUCUUCUCGACGCCGGAAAAUUGAGCUUUAGUGUGAAACUAAGGAAUGGGAAGAAAUGCUAUAUGGUUGGAGCAAGAGAGCUGGUAAUUAUCUGGUGUCGCGACAUCCCACAAUACUGGAAGCUGACAUCCCAUCCGGAUUCAAGAUUUUCAGAGGUUGCUCUGUUGAAAGUUGUUUGCUGGCUUGAAAUCAGAGGCACUAUAAACACACGGAUGCUAUCCUCCGACACCGUCUACGGAUGUUAUCUUGUCUUCAAGCUAGGCCGGAAUCCUUACGGACUCCAAUCAGCAAAUGCAUUUGUGAGGUUCACGAAUGAUGAAGUCGAUGGUGAUGAUGAGAGGGCAGCUAUUCUCGGUCACUUUGCGCGGGAGAAUGAUCGCGACCGCCACAGCCGGACUGGAGAGGCGCCGGUGAGGAUAGGGGACGGAUUGACGGAGAUUGCUAAGGUGCACCUGCAACGCCCCGAUGGAUUUGAGCAGAUUGGAAGGGUAUCUGUGGGGAGAGGUGAUGGGUGGAUGGAGGUGGAGUUGGGAAGCUUCUAUAACGAUCGAGGCGACGACGGCGUGGUGGAGACGAUGCUGUUGGGGAGGGAAGGCUAUCAAGGGAAGUCGGGUCUCAUCGUUCAGGGCAUUGAGUUUAGGCCCAAGUCAUGAUGCUUUAGUAUUCUUAACUAAUGCUUGAUUGCCUUGUGUAAUAAUAGUAGGACACUUGGUUUCAUGGAUUUGAGGUAAGUGGCGUAGGGCUAGGUGCUUAAUCCCCUAAUAAAUACUCCCUCUACCCAUCAAUAAUUUCUACUUGGCCUUGAGUAUUUUGUUAUAUUAGUCCAUCUACUAAUAAAUGUCUUAUUUAUUUUUUUA